AUGGAUGAAACAACAGAACUGAGGACGGAUGGAAAUUCACUCUUAAAGGCUGUAUGGCUAGGAAGGCUUAGGUUGACUAGACUCCUUCUGGAAGGUGGGGCCUACAUUAACGAAAGCAAUGACAAAGGGGAAACAGCACUCAUGGUGGCAUGCAUCACUAAGCACGUUGACCAACAAAGCAUCAGUAAGUCCAAGAUGGUCAAAUACCUGUUAGACAACAGGGCAGACCCUAAUAUUCAGGAUAAGUCAGGAAAAACUGCUCUCAUUCAUGCUUGCAUUAGGAAAGCAGGAGGAGAAGUAGUUUCCUUGUUACUAGAAAAUGGUGCUGAUCCUAGUUUAGAAGACCGUUCUGGAGCUUCAGCUCUGGUUUAUGCCAUUAAUGCUGAUGACAAGGAUACUCUGACACAUCUCCUGAAGGCCUGCAAGGCAAAGGGAAAGGAGGUGAUCAUCAUAACUACUGAUAAAUCAUCUUCAGGCACCAAAACAACUAAACAGUAUCUUAACAUCCCACCUUCACCAAAGUUUGAAGACAGGCAAUCACCUGCUUUGUGCAUGUCCCCAUCUGACAUUGAAUUAAAGACACCAGGUUUGGGAUCUCCGCCCAGAGAAAAGGAAGAUGAUUUCUUCACUCUUCAUUCAGGACAUUCAAGUGGGUGCCAUGCUAUCAAGGUUCCCAGUGAAGCCUUGUCACCCACCAGGAAAGUCAGUAACCUCAAAAGAGCCCGCUUGCCCCAGUUGAAGAGGCUACAGUCAGAACCCUGGGGUUUGAUUGCACCAUCUGUGCUAGCAGCUUCUUCCCAUCAAGAGGAGACCAAAAGUGUCUGUGCAGAUGAUGAAAUCAUCAUGGGCAUCAAUGACUUGUCCUUCUCCAAAAGGGCACCCCUCUCAAGGAAUAACAGCAUUGAAGGCAAAGACUCUACUCUCUUCCCCACCGUCACUGACCAGGUUUUAAAGAUCCCAUCCACUUCUGCACCAGCAUCGUGGAAAGCAGCCUAUGAGAAAAAUCAGCCCAUCCAUCAGCGCCUAGCCAGAAGGAGCACUGUUUCUGCUGAUCAAGAUAAUUCAAGUAUUACCACCUCGGCAUCAGCCACCAUCAAGGAUUCAGCUUCUCUAAGAAGAUUAGAAAAUGGUCACUAUGAUUCAGAUAUACAGCUCUGUGGUGACUCACCAAAUUCCAUGUCCCUUGAUAAUGGUAAAGUACCAAUGGAUAGGAAAAAACUCAACAGCUCUCACUUGGCUUUAUUUAAUGGCUCUCGGGAAUCUCUUGAGGGGGUGCCUAGCACUUCCCCGGGGUCAGUUCGGCGCAGGCCCCCCAACUUGUUGGAAAGACGGGGUUCUGGAACUCUUUUACUUGAUCAUAUUUCUCAUACCAGGCCUGGAUUUUUGCCCCCUUUAAAUGUGAAUCCUAAUCCACCCAUACCUGAUAUCAGGUCCAGCAGUAAACCUUCUUCCCCACUUGCUAGUGGCUUAAAACCUAUGGUCCCUGUGGCUCCAAAUUCACCAAAGAGAGUUGAUUUAAGAAACAAAAAGAAGCUGAUAAGAAGGUAUUCUAUGCAGGUUGAACAGAUGAAGCAACUGUCAGAUUUUGAAGAAAUUGUGACCUAG